CUCUCUCACAGCUUAGUUCCAAAUCCAUGGAGCUACCUGUAAAUAAAACCAUAAUCAACAUAGCCAUACUUCUAUCUUUCGCUCUAAUCCUCAUCAGCCUCAUCCGCAUCAUCAACUACCCUGUUUUGCAAAACACAUACAAUGCAACAUCAGUUGAUCGUUCGAAUAUGAGUGAGAUUGAAGAGAGCACAUGCGAUAUCUUCUCGGGCGAAUGGGUCCCGGAUCCGGACGCCCCGUAUUACACAAACCAUACGUGCUGGGCCAUCCACGAGCACCAAAACUGCAUGAAAUACGCCCGGCCCGAUUCCGACUUUCUCAAGUGGAAGUGGAAGCCCGACGGCUGCGAUUUGCCCGCUUUCAACCCCGGUCAAUUCCUUCGUAUGGUGCGGAACCAGACCAUGGCCUUCGUUGGAGAUUCUGUCGGAAGGAAUCAAAUGCAAUCCAUCAUAUGCCUUUUGUCCAAGGUUGAAUACCCAAUCGACGACUCCCCAGAAACAGACGAGCAGUUUAAACGGUGGAAGUACUCAAAUUACAAUUUUACCCUCGAAUAUUUCCGGAGUCCAUUUUUAUUAAGAUCCGAAGAGCGCGACUCGGAUGGCCCGACCCACACGGGUCUCUUCAACCUCUACCUCGACGAGUUCGACGAGUCGUGGACGAGUCACAUCGACUCGGUCGACUACCUCAUCCUCAACGCCGACCACUGGUUCAACCGCCCCGCCGUCUACUACGAGGACGGCCGCGUCGUCGGCUGCCACUACUGCCAGAUCCCGAACAUGACCGAUCUCCACACAAACUACGCCUACCGCCGCGCCUUCCGGACGGCGUUCAGGGCCGUGAACGGCAGGCGGAGAUUCGGCGGCGCGGCGUUCCUGCGCACGUACGCGCCGUCGCACUUCGAGGGCGGGCUGUGGAACGAGGGAGGCGAUUGUGUGCGACGGCGGCCGUUCCGGAGCGAGGAGGCGGUGUUGGAAGGGGUGAAUUUGGAUAUGUAUAUGAUCGGAUUGGAGGAAUUUAGGGCUGUGGAGAAGGAAGGGAGGAAGAAAUGGCGGUUGUUGGAUACGACGCUGGCGACGCUGCUGAGGCCGGAUGGGCACCCGAGUAGAUAUGGGCAUUGGCCCAAUGAGAAUGUCACUUUGUAUAAUGACUGUGUGCAUUGGUGUUUGCCUGGGCCCAUUGAUAGUUGGGCCCAAAUGUUGCAACAUUUGAUUAAACUUGAGGCUACUAAGGAUUGAUUUAGUGAUAAUUUUUUUUAAAGAUUUUCUGUUUUUGGAAAAGGAAAUGUAUUUUAGAAACUUGUGUUUGGAUAGUGAAAUUGGGGGAAAAUGUUUGAAAAAAUUAUUUAUGUGCA